UUUAAAAAAAAAAAAACGUGUCAACCGACGGGAUUGUUUGCCCACGCCACACGGCCCAUGGACACCAAAUUUCACCAGCGCGUGGCGGACGACGACCAUUUAAGAAUUAAGAUCAACCGACGGUCGGUGACGCAGACGGAGACGGAGUGGGACAUUCUGUUACAGUUCCUGGUUCCAGAGUCUUCUUCCUCACGUAUAUAAAAACCCUAACCCUAAAAGCCCCAAAAUUUUAGACUCCAAUCAAAGGGCCAAAACGAUUGUCAUCAGUUCUAAUUUUUUGUUGUGGUGGGUGGAUGGGGAUCAUAAGAAGCUGCUUCUCGUUCAUAGUAGGAACGGUGUGCGGGAUUUACGUAGCUCAAAACUACGACGUUCCGAACAUCAAGAAGCUCGCCCACACCGCCCAAUUCAAGGCCAAGCAAAUCGAAGAGAAGUACCGCAAGCCCAAGAGCCGGGGUGACGGUGACUAACAUUAGCAUUCGAUUCGACCCAACUCCAUUUACUCCUUUAAAGCAAAGUACGAAAAUGAUGCUGUCUUCUUUUCAACCAGGAUAGGUUAUGAGGAAGGGGCCAAAUGAGUUGGCAUUGAUCUCUAUGCUAUACUACAAUAACGAAACAGUUUUAGUUAUGAGAAAAGGUGGGUUUCCAAUUGAACUGCAUAGACCAGCUAUAUCACUUUUUUAUUUUCUUGUGUGUAUAAUAAGUUUCUUUCUCCCACCCGCGAGCUCACCAUCCACCUUCUUCCGAGGACAUUUGACGAUAUUCACCGAAAGAAAAUGAUUGCCUCAAAUAAGAUAUUGUUCCAGUGAAUGAAGAACCGAAAUUGCUGAUUGAUCUAGAACAACAUCUGCCGAGAAACUAACUUCUUUUUAAGCUGAUUGGUCGAGGGAAUUUAUGAAAAGGUGCCAGUGAUGGUCCACGCAAUCUCAUCUAUAUAUAUUAAAGGCUACUGCAGGUCCAUUAUACUAGGUGGAUCAUUUAGAUUCUUCUGUUUACUAAUGAGUAGUCUAUUUGUGUUCUCUACUCAUGUUGCUAAAAUAUCUGACUCUUUAUAGCUGAAGAGAAGAAAGAAUACCCUUCGAGUUAUACCUUGGAGUAGUUUAUAUUUUUCCCGUGACACAAGUUUUAGUUAUGGCAUGAUCAGGACAAGAGGAUGAGUUGAGUAUUCAGUUUCUAUGAAAUAGAAAACUCAAACCUCCCUCAUCACCUAAAUAGUGGCAAAGAUAGCAAAUCCCUUACUAUACAAGCUUCAUUGUGAGCUCCUUUGUGCUUUGAAUAAAAUUACUUUAUACUUAUAAAAAAAAAUUACUUUAUAGAAAAUAAAUGCUUCAUGUUGCUUUCUUCAAUUCUAUGGUGCCUUUUGUGAGAUAUUUCAUGGCUUGGCCCUUUCUCAUGACAUUGUAUGCAAUCUGCAAAUAUGGCGUUAUCAAUAAGCCUUAUGUUGCUUAUUGAGGCAUGAAAAUCUGAGGAUCAUAACUUGUGAGGUCUUCUUCAUUAGUUUUGGGUGCUUCAAAAGGCAGUUGUUGUGAUUUGGAUCAUUUCAAGUUGAUUUUGACCAAAUUCUUUGUUCAGCAAUUUUAGAGUUUAUUUGGUUGCUUAUUGUGAAUGAUUGUUGGCUCACUCACCUUCUUGGAUCUUUAACUUAUGGAAUUCCUUUUUGUUUUUUUUUUAAUUUUUUAAUCAGUACACUUCCAUAGUACUAGCAAAGCCUAACUAGACAUAGCCUUAUGUCUCAUCUCAACUGUUCUGAAUUGAGCCAAAGCCUUUGUUAAGAAAUAAAGGGAAUAAUAAUUUCCGUGUGUUUUUCAUUGAUCUCAUACACAUACAUAUACAUGAAUAGAUGAUUUAUACAUGGAAAGAAAAUAAUGUAGAUUUACAAAAAAAUAUGUAACUGUCAAAUGGCUGAUUUGGUGGGAUUGCUGAAAUUGUGGGAUGUGGUAUCUCGAUGCUGUAAUACUCCCUCUCAAGUUGGCCAUGGAGAUUUGUAAUGUCCAACUUGCGAGACAAUGAUGAAAAAGAUCACGACCCAAGGCUUUGGUGAAGAAAUCCACGAUCUGCUCAGAAGAAGGAAGGUGGGCGGUGGUGAAGAGACCGGAACGGAGUUUGUCACGAACAAUGUGGUAGUCGAUCUCAAUAUGUUUGGUGCGCUCAUGGAAACUAGGAUUGUGAGCAAUGUAGAGAGCCGACUGAUUGUCACAAUAGAGGGUCAUGGGAGCUUUGUGUGAGAUGCUGAGAUCGUGGAGAAGGUGCUGUAACCAUACGAGUUUACAGGUGGUGACUGUCAUGGCACUGUAUUCGACUUCUAUAGAGGAUCGAGCGACUAUAGUAUGUUUCUUAAUGCGCCACGAAAUAGGACUAGAUCCAAGAGUAAUGAAGAAACCGGUGGUAGAGCGUCGAGUAGUGGGACAGCUGGCCCAGUCAGAGUCUGUGUAAGCACUAACGUGAAGAUUAGUAGAGGAAGAAAAAAAGAUGCCUUGACCUGGAGUACCUUUAAUGUAGCGAAGGAUACAGGUGGCAGUUGUCAUGUGAGGAAUCCGUGGAGCAUGCAUGAACUGGCUGAGAAUAUUCACUGGAAAGACUAUAUCAAGUCUGGUAAUGGUGAGAUAAAUGAGACGUCCAACUAAUCGUUUGUAAGGAGCAGGAGCAGGAUCAGGAAGUAGAUCACCAUUAGUGUUAUUGAGCUUCAGGUUCUAUUCCAUGGGAAAGGAAGCAGGGCGGGAGCCAAGUUGUCCACUAUCGGCAAGGAUGUCCAGGGCAUAUUUUCGCUGAUUAAGAAAAAUGCCUGAAGAGGAUCGAGCAACUUCAAGUCCAAGGAAAUAUUUGAGAGAGCCAAGAUCAUUGGUUUUGAAGUGAGUGGAAAUAACAAUCUUGAAGAAAGUGAUAUGAGAGAGAUCAUUACCGACGACUAGGAUGUCAUCAACAUACACUAGAACAAGCAUGAGAUUAGUAGCAGUAAUCAAGGUAAAUAGAGAGUGGUCAGCCUGAGAUUGAACAAACCUGCAGUCAGAAGAACAGAUGUUAGUUUAAAAAACCAGUUUUAGGAUGCUUGCUUGAGGCCAUAGAGGGAUUUCCGGAGACGAUAUACGCGUGUCUCCCCCUUAAUACAAUAGCCGGGUGGUGGGGUCAUGUAAACUUAUUCAUCAAGUUCGCCAUGCAAGAAAGCAUUGUGAACAUCCAUUUGGUGAAUGAUCCAAUUUUUUGUGGCAGCAACGGCGAGGACACAGCAGACUGUGGUCAUCUUGGCUACGGGAGCAAAGGUUUCAUGAUAGUCUAUACCUUCCACUUGAGUGUAGCCUUUGACAACGAGUCGGGCCUUGUGGCGCUCAAUGGUGCCAUCUGCUCGGAAUUUGAUUUUGAAAACCCAUUUGCAGUCAAUGAGUUUUUUACCAGGAGGAAAAGGCUCAAUAGUCCAAGUGAAGUUUUCUUCAAGGGCACGGAGUUCAGAGGCCAUGGCUUCACGCCAGUGGGAGUGGCGAGUGGCUUCUAAGUAGCAAGUAGGUUCAACAAAUGCAGUAAGAGCAGUUAAAAAAGAAUAAUAAGCAGGUGAAAAACGAGAGUAUGAAAGAGAAGCAGAUAAUGGAUGAGAAGUAUCUAAGGACUGUGCAGCGGUUGAAGAAGCAAUGGACUCCGUGGGUAUAGGAGGACAAACAUAAUCAAGUAGGUAUGUCGGACGAGUAAUGUUGCGGUGGGGGCGAGAAGAAAUAAUGGUAGUGGGUGCAGACUCUGUAGAUAUGACUAGUGAUGGAGUAGAAAGAGGAAUAGGUUCUGGAAUAGGUAAAUGAAGGAUUGUGGGACUAUUGGGAUGUGGAGUGAGAGGAUUUUGGAAAGGGAAUUGAUCUUCCUGAAAGGUAACAUCACGUGAAUAAAAAAUUGUGGCGUUUUCAAGGUUAUAUAACUUAUAGGCUUUGCGGUUGCUAGGAUAACCCUGGAAGAUACAGCGGGAUGCUCUGGGUGAAAAUUUAUCUCUAUGAGCGGUAAGAGUCUGAGCAUAACAAAGAUAACCAAACACAUGUAGAUGAGUGUAGUUGGGUGGAAUUUUAAGGAGUUGAAAAGGAGUUUGAUUUUGAAGAGAGGGACUAGGAGUCCUAUUAAUGAGAUAUGCAGCAGUAAGAACACAUUCAUCCCAAAAUUUAAGAGGUAAAUGUGCCUGAAAACGAAGGCUCCGAGCAACGUCGUUUAGGAGGUGCCAAUGUUUACGCUCGGCAACACUAUUUUAUUGCGGAGUUUCAACACAGGUACGUUCAUGGAUGAUGCCGUGAGCAUGAAAUUAUGUUUGGAGAUUAUGGGAAAGAAAUUCUUGGCCAUUAUCGGUUUUAAUGAUUUUAACCGAGGAAUUGAAUUGAUUUUUAACAAGAGCGAAGAAAUGCAUUAAAUGACUAAAAGUUUCUAAUUUAAAACGCAUUAAAUAAAUCCAUGUAGUGCGUGAAAAAUCAUCAACAAUGGUCAGAAAAUAAUGUGCGCCACAAAUAGAAGCAGUAUGAUAACCACCCCAAAUAUCACAAUAUAAUCGAUUAAAAUGAAUUGUACUUUUAUUCACAUUAUUUUGAAAAUGUAAGCGGAUGUGCUUUGAACGAGCACAAGUAUCACAAUGAGAAAGAGUACAUUGACUAUCAAAAAUUUUAGGAAUAGUAAAGCUAGAAGGAUGACCUAUACGUUGUUGCCAUAUGGUCUUAUUGUCAAUAUUGUGAACUGAGAAAGCAGCGGAUUUUUGGGGCCGAAAAACAUAGAGUCCAUUGCAAGCUUCACCCGCUCCAAUCAGCCUCUUCAACUGAAGGUCCUGAAAAAAACAAGUGGAAGAUGAGAAAAUUACUAUGCAAGAUAAAUGGGUAGUAAGUUGAGGGACAAAGAGGAGAUAAAAACGAAAAGUAGGGACAUAAAGGACAUUAUGUAGUGUGAGGGUUUCAGAUAAAACAAUGGAACCGAUGCCUUCAACGGGAAUGGAGGCUCCCGCGGGAAGUUGAAUCGACCAAGCCAUAGGUGGUUGUCGAAGAUGAGAAAAAAAGGAACGGCAGUGGCUCAUUUGAUUACUAGCGCCACUGUCGAUGAUCCAAUCAUGUUGUGGAUCGAAAGAGCACAGCAUCGUGGAGGAGUUACCAACGAAAUUUGCAGUCGGAGCAACAGGGCAAAGGAGAUUCAUCAGUUGCUGAUAAUUUUCUGGUGAGAGGCCUGGGACUGGGCUCGAGCUAGAUCUGGCGAGGUUGGUAGCAGCAGGUGGUUUGCAAGGAUCGACGGCUUGCGGUUGUUGCGUGGCUCACGGCCAGGAGGAUAACCGAUGAUGAGCCAACAACGAUGACGGGGGUGUCGGAUGGCAAUCGGGGAACUUGUAGGAGACGCUGUUGUUCCUCUUGGAAGAGAAUGGAGAAGACUUUGUUGAGAGGUGGGAGAGGCAGUGGCAAGAAUUUGGGUUCGAAGAGCGGCGAACGAGUCUUUGAGUCCUAGUAGAAACUGAAACACACAUUCGUCCUCAGCUCUUUUUUCCAAGGUGUUGGCAUCGGUGGGGGUUUGAAGGUUGCUGAGUUCAUCCCAUAAUUGCUUGAUGUUAUUGUAGUAAUCAGGGAUGGAGAGCUGAUUUUGGUGAAGAUUGGAUAUUUCUCGUUUGAGAUGGAAGAGACGGGCGUUGUUGCCAUGGCAAAAUCGUGACUCAAGGUUGAGCCAUACAUCUCGAGGGUCAUCAUGGUAGUCCAAAGAAUUGGCUAGGGAAGGGGUUAUGGUGUUUAGGAUCCAAGUGAGGACCAUAUCUUUGGUCCUGCUCCAUUGAGCAUAAUCGGUGGAAGUAUUGGAUGGGGCUUUGAGGGUGCCAUCAA